AUGUCUCCACGGAACUCGGAUGGCGAGGUACCUUUGCUAGCCCUCGAUGGAGUUUAUGUGGCAGGACAGCCCCCAGUCAGUCGAUGGGAUAUAUGUUGUCAAAAGGGCAAAAUAACAUCAAUGACGGAAUCCACCGAACCUCCACAAGAAAAUGCAAUCCGAUUUGUUACUCCAAGCCUUUGUCAUCCACAUAUUCAUUUAGACAAGUGUUUUCUGUUUUCUCAUCCAAGGUACGCGGACUUAGAGAUACAGGAGGGCGAUUUCGCAGAAGCGAUGAAGCUAACUGCUCAGGCAAAAUCUCGAUUUGAGCAUGAAGAUCUCAUGGAAAGAGGUCAGGUGUUAAUUGAAGAGAGCAUAAACUUUGGCGUCACUCAUAUGCGUGCCUUCGUCGAAGUUGAUCUCAGCGUUGGGAUGAAAUGCUUAAAUGCAGGUCUGGCCCUCAAAGAAAAAUUCCGUGAUGACAUUUGCAUUCAAAUUUGUGUUUUUGCUCAGGAUGCUAUUGUCAGCUACGAAGAUGGCGGGUCAGCAAUGAAGAGCUUACUAGAUGCUGCUGCACAGAGAUCUGGUGUUGAAGCUCUUGGAUCAACUCCAUAUGUCGAGGAAAAUGGAAACCGCGAAGCUCAGAUUUCGAAUAUGGAAUUUACCAUUAUGACAGCUAAGAAGUAUGGGCUGCAUCUGGACUUUCAUAUUGAUUACAAUUUGGACCGCGGCAAACCAUGUAUGGUGCUGGAUGCCCUUAACCUUCUGCAUUCCAUGAAAUGGCCUUGCAAUUUGGAAUCGCCAGAUUUUAGGACUAUCGUCUUCGGGCACUGCACGCAUCUCACACUCCUUGGGAAGAGUGAGUGGCUUGGUUUGAAGCAGAAGAUCCAAGGGUUACCAGUCGCAUUCGUGGGUCUCCCCACAUCCGAUAUUUUCAUGAUGGGACGGCCGGAUGAAGAAUCUGGAGGCGGCAACAGGGUUCGAGGCACACUCCAAGUGCCCCAAAUGAUAAAGGAGUACGACUUAAACGCAGCACUAGGGAUCAACAACGUUGGCAAUGCCUUCACGCCCCAUGGCAGUUGCGACCCUCUGAGUCUCGCAAGUUUCGGUGUUGGGAUAUAUCAGGCUGGCACCAGGGAGGACGCUGAUAUCUUACUGCAAUGUAUAUCUCGUCGAGCUCAGCAGGCUAUUGGUCUUACUUCCUCGCCAUCAAACAACAUGAAUCUCAGCGUGGGCGACUCUGCAAACUUUGUAAUAUUCGGCCGCGAGUCAAGCCAUGGAUUUCCAUCUUCGAGCUGGAGAGCGAGGAGAACCACCCAGGAUCUUGUAAAUGAUCCAGUGCCUGAGAGAACUACAGUUUUUAGAGGCCGAAUAGUCAACUAUGGAUGA